UAGGGUGAGUAAGUGUACGGAGGGGGAGUUCACAGUGUGAAUAAACAGAGCGAGUCAUUUGUCAUCACACAUUCAUAUGCGCAUCAGCUUGAGAACAAGCAGAGACUGUUAGUGGCAGACUGAGAGAUGAGAGCCAGUUUCUUUUGUGGACUGGGAUCCUGGGAUCUUGGACAAGACAGUGGUGGUCUUGUUGGAUAUGAUGCUGUUAUACUAACACAACCAUGGACAGGAACCCCUGGGUUUCAGCUCUCAUCGUGUUACUCAACUUGAUGCAUUACAUAUCAGGUGUGAUGAUGAAACCAGAAAAUGUCACAUUACACAUAUGGGAGGGCAAUGUGACUGUGACCUGGGAUCCCCCUGAGAAAAAUCCAGUUGGUUGCGUCUAUCAAGUUCAGAUGACUGACUACUCAGAAACUCCCGUAGUCUGGAAAAAUCUGUCCAACUGCAGUCUACUUAAAGCCUCUGUAUGUAAUAUUGGACAUCUAUCGAGUGACUCAGAUUUCCACGUUCGAGUUGGAGUUGUCAUGCCUCAAGGCAGCAUUUCCUGGAGUGUCAGGAAAUACAUUAAUGUUCGUAGAAGUCAACUACUCCCACCAUCUUUCAAUCUUUUGUCCACCCCAUUCUCUGUGCAAGUCAAGGUACACAGGAAGGAUGAGUUAAAAGACAUUUUUCCCUAUGGCUUGGAAUACACUGCCUCUCUGUGGCCAGUUGGGCAAGAAAACCAGACACAGACUGGUGAUGACUCUGAUGAUGAUGGUGAGAUAGAGUUCAACUUCUUGCGACCAUGGCAGGUGUACUGUGUGCGUGUGUGGGUGAAAACUGGUGCCAGCAGCUCCUCUUCGGAACAAUGCAUACAGCUUCCACUUGAUAUGACGUUGAUUAUCUGCUUUGUCUUCUUUGGACUUUUGGGCUUUGUGGCUGUCCUAAUGCUCUUUGUCUGUUGUUUCCUGAGACGUCCUAGGAAAAUGCCUGGUGCUUUGAAACCUGUUGUGAACAAAUGGCAGCCCAUGACUGUAGGAUCUGUAGAAGUGGAGACAGUCACAGACAAAGGAUGGCUACUCAUCACCAACAAAAAAGAAGAAAAGAUGCAUAUAUCAGAGGAGAAGAUUGAAUUUACUGAAGAGGAGAAAGAUCGGAGAGAAAGCCUAGACAGCGGAGUGAGCAUGGAACAACUGCAUCCAUCUGUUAGUAAUACAAGGACAGAAGGACAGACAGAAGACAUACAAGAGGACAGUGGUUGUGAAAGCUUGAAAGGAGCUGAGGGCAGUGGAAGCGUUAGGAAAGCCUCAGGAGAGCACCUUUCUCUAGAUGAGAUAAGUCAUGAUGGCAGAAGUGAGGGAAGGGAGGACAGUGGUUUGGGACUGAGCCACCGGGAGGUGUCCAGUUCUCUAGAGGGGGAAGACAGUGGACUGUUGUCUGAGGUAGUGGUGGGGGAUGGAUAUCGAAGUCAGAGUCCCUCUAGUGUGGACAUGAAAAAUGAGACUCCUGAGCCUUGUGACAUGGACACAAACAUGGCUUCCCCAUCAGGUGGAUACAGGUCUGGUCAAGUGACGUGUGUGUGUUCAGACCAUGAGUACUGUGUUUGGUGCAAAUUUAAGAAACCUUUGACUGAGGACUGUCAGUCAGUGACUCCAAUGCAAACAAACUUUAGUCAAACUAUAUGUGACACUGACGAUGCUAACUCUGUUAUCACUAGUUACCGGAAAAAGAAUCUUAUCCAGACAGUAAAUCUUUUAGGUUUGGAGGAUACACAGUCAGUGUUCCCCCAGUCAGAUAUGAGCACAGAGACUUCUCUGCUUCUCUUUUCCUGUCCUCUGCUUCUGCAAAGUGGCAAGAAUCAAGACUGCAUAACAGACACAUUCUUUCUCACUGGAUGAUGUGAAACUAACUUUUUUUCUGAGCUGCUUGUGGGUGACCUAUGUAAAUAACAUAGACUCAUGGAUUCCAUGAACAAAGCUGGAAACUUGGAAAAGUUAAGAAAAAAAACAACUCAAAAAUGGUUGUUUGAAUAAGCAUGUUUGUAAGAAUCAGAUACUCUGACUGCUACCUUUUUAACCUUUCACACAACCUUAUUCAUGGCACUGGUACAAAUUUGAGACAUCUCAUGAUCUCAUAAUCAUGGGGUGCUGCACUGCUAAACUCUACUAAUAUGCCCCUCAUGAACAUGAGAGCAAACAUCGAUCAAACGGAAGCAGAAAAAAUAACUACUGGACAAGAGACCCCAGAAUAAAUCUUUGCCCCACCAUCCUGAUAUGACAUUUCAUUACACAUGUACGUAGAGAACAUAACUGUAAAACGGCCACACUGAAUGUAUUAUGUUCUCGUUUAUAGUUGUACUCCUUUGGAGUGGGUACUAGCUAGUAAACUGAACUUUGUAGGUUUACAGUACUGCCAAAAGUUACACCACCUUUCGCUUAAAUUCUUGAUUUCAUUGGUAUGCUAAUUGUUCAUUUUUGGUCAUAUUAAUCAGGUGUGAUAGAGCGAGGAGAACACUAAACUAUGUGGUUUCAUUGCUCUUCAGCAUUUGAGACUGGCCCCCUUUGUGCCAGAUCACGCUAGAGGAUGAUAUUGUAGGUUUCUGAUAGUCUGAGCCCAUUUUGGAGAAAUAGCUAUACACAGGGCUGAGUUAGUGAAAGCUUGCAUGGAGGUCAGUACUAAAGGCCAUGUCAAACUCUAUCUAGAGGCAUGCUAUAAACUAAACGUUGCACAUGCAUGUUGUAUAUAAAUGAACAUGAUGUAUAUUACCUUCUAUUUAUUUAUGGGCAUUUUGAAGAUGCAUUUUGUCUGAAUGUAACAUACACACACAAACAAAUAAAUAUUUGUUUUUUUGGGUUAUUGACUUUUCACUUUAGAUACGUUUAUUCACAUUUUUUCCUGAAAUACAGUAGCAAACAUUUUGAUUUUAAUUUUACUAUUGGUCUUUUAUAAUGGUUAUCUUAGUUUACUAGAAUCAAAUAAUUUUCCUCCUUUUAAAAGCAAGCUUUUUUAAAUGAAACAAUUCCUUCAAGUGUAAUAAGGAAGUAAGAAACAGGCAGUGAAAAGCUUUAAGUAAACAGACUAAACUAGUAUUAAAAAAUGUGAUCAGAGAAUACAGUACAUAAUCACAGCAGUUAAAUCCCAGAUAUAUUUAGUUCUUUAAAGAUUUCUGUAAGCAGUACAAUUUUAAUAUGAUACUGAGUAGAACCUGAUAUAUUUCAAAAUUUUUCAGUAACACACUCAUUUCUACUUUCAAGCAAAUGAACAAAUACCAAGAUUAUAGAGAAAUGAAGUGGGUGGGGGGUUCCUGUGGUCCUGUGUUUUACGUUAUUACAGACACCAUGUUUGGAGAAAGAUUCUUUCUUGAGAAAAGUUGCUAUGACUGAUAUAAGAACUUGUUUAUGUCCAACUCUAUACUAUUCAAACAGACCUUCCAGACUAUUUGAGUACAUGGCCUUGUACCAGACUAGGAGCAAACUGUUGCAAGCAUUAAGGAUGCAAAUCAGAUUCCCUUGUGACAUCAUAUUUAUUGAUGGAACUCAAAGACAUUGUGCCUACUUUCAAAAAUUCAUCUUUGUUAUACCUAUGAAUCAGUCCUAGUCACCAUCAGAGCUUUUACUCUGUAACAAAUUUUAAAAUGUGUAAAAGCAUACUUUGUUUAAUUGACAUAUCAUUUGUAUAAAAGUAUAACUAUAACUGCUUUGACAUGCUGCAGAUAUUUAUGAUUAUAUUUUCCCCUCUUUUUGAAAACCAACUUGUGGUCAUCUCUGGUUUGGUUUGGGUCUAUUAUUUACAGUUAGGUUUUCUCAUUUUCUACAUGGAAAAUGAUUGUAAUUAUUUCUUAAGCAAGCCAUUAGAAAACAGGGAAUAAGAAAAUACACACCACUAACAGUUUUGCUACUAGUUUUGGUGGCGCAGGAGAUGUAAUCAACACUAUCAUCUGGAAUUUAUGGGUAAAUAAGGUGGCGCCAAAGGAGUUCACCACUUCCUAUCGUAGAAACCACGUUCUAUGGAGCACGCCACAUUCGGUAGAUAACAGAUGAAAUAAAAUGAUAUGCUGACUGACGACUAA